GCCUGAUUGCGGAAUACGUUACACUUGUUUUCGAGAGUGAGAUCUGGAUGCAUGUUUGUACCCACUGAGUGCGCAGUGGUAGCAAGACAGUUAGGGACUGCAGGUCAAAGACACUGUAGUGAGUCGCACGGUUGAUGUGACACGCUCUUUAGUCUUCACUGUCCGUUUUAACGCGUCCCUGUCACAUUCUUUCUCCCUCCCCUAGACCUUGAAUCGAUCGCGUGUCGAUGCCCAGCACUGUCCGCAAACAGACCUAAAUGGCUAUGUCUACCAGCAAACAGAAUCUGACGGCUUCGACGCUGACCAUUUCGGAAAAUGAUGUUCAUGUUGGUAUCAAAGACUCGAGGAAGGAGUCCAGAUCGAACGGGAUUUAUUGUGUACUGAUAUUGGCUCUGGCCGCCAUUAUAGCCGUCUCUGUGGCCUUGGCGGUUGUUGUCAUUAGAAAUGAAGAAAACGACAACGAUUCGUCUCAAAAAGCAGAGACGGGGGCCAACAUGCAGACACCCCACGCCUUACCCUCCACAACAACCGACCCCAACAUCAUCACUUCCACCCGGGAAGUUUGUAACUCUCCUGAGUGUGUUCGAGCAGCAUCGAGUUUACUCAAUUCUAUAGACCCCAAAGCAGACCCGUGUAACAAUUUCUUCCAGUUUGCGUGCGGAAUGUGGCGGAAGAGGCAAGUGAUACCGGAAGACAAGUCCAUCACAGGUGUAUUUUACCAGGUGGAUGAUUCCGUGGAUAUCAUCCUUAAAUAUUUAUUGGAGAAGGAGAUAGAAGACACUGACAUUGAAGCUGUGAGGAGAGCCAAGAGGUUGUACCGGUCGUGCGUUGAUCUAGAUGCUAUAGAGAAAGACAACUUCACUUCAGCAAAAAGAUUGAUAAAAGAACUCGGUGGUUGGCCCGUAUUGAGCGCGGACUGGAAAGAAGACACGUUCAAUCUAAUUGGACUUUUGGAAAAAGUUAGGCUUUACACGAAUAGUCCACCUCUGAUGGACAUGUACGUGUAUGAUGAUUCAAAGAAUCCGACAAGAAAUAUUCUCUAUAUCGACCAGCCUCAGCUUGGAUUACCAGAUAGGGAGUACUUCCUGAGGGGUAGGAAUGACCGGAAGUUACUGGCAUAUCAAAAAUACGCUCAGGAAAUGGCGGUCAUUUUCGGAGCCGAGGAAUCAACAGCUUCCGAAGAUAUGAAAGACGUUGUAGAUUAUGAAAUUGAAAUUGCAAACUCCACCAUGCCAUCCGACGAGAGACGUGACGAUGAGAAGUUGUACCACAAAAUGACGAUAGGAGAGCUACAGACCAAGUACCCCAAUUUUCAAUGGCUAGCAUAUUUUCAAGCCACGCUAAGCCGUGACGAUCUCAACAUUAGCGUGGAUAGUUCGACCCCUGUGAUUAACAGAAACCCGGAUUAUAUGGAAAAAAUUGUCAACAAACUAAACACAGAGAAUAAAAGAAUUAUACAAAACUACGUCAUUUGGAGAACUAUGAAAUCGAUAAGUGGAGCUUUACCUUCAAGUGUGAGAGAUGCAUACGGAACAUACAGAGAGGCACUGAUUGGAUCUUCAGUACAACCCCCUCGCUGGAAGACCUGUGUGGGCGAUGUUAACAGUAAGGUAGGACUGGCCGUGGGGAAACCCUUCCUGGAGGAGACUUUUGACAGCCAGGCAAAAUACAAGGCAGAUGAAAUGAUAGAAAAUUUGCGGUCAGCGAUGAAAGAUUUAUUAAGGAAGAAUGAAUGGAUGGACAAGGAAACCAUAGCCAGGGCUAUACAGAAGGCAGACCAAGUGCAGUCAAGAAUCGGGUACCCGUCAACAGUUAAAAAUGACACGUUUCUGAACGAGAGGUAUAAGGAUUAUGAGUUUGGUGAGACAAAUUAUUUUGACAACGUCUUUGUGUACUCCAAACUUCAAACGAAGGAGAACCUCCAAGAGCUGCCAAAACCGGUGGACAGAAACAAAUGGGAGACGCCCCCGGCCACGGUCAACGCCUACUACAACCCUGCCAGGAAUCAGAUAAUGUUUCCAGCCGGAAUACUUCAGCCACCAUUUUACAAAAACGGAUAUCCUCAGUACCUUAAUUAUGGUGGAAUUGGCUACGUCAUAGGUCAUGAGAUUACGCACGGUUUUGAUGACAGUGGGCGCCAGUAUGAUGGAACUGGAAAUCUUCAGCAAUGGUGGACCAAUGCAUCCGUCACAAACUUUAAGGAGAGGGCGGACUGUAUGACCAACCAGUAUAGUAGUUAUACAGUGGAAGAGGCAGGGAAAAAGCUGAAUGGCAAACUGACGUUAGGUGAGAAUAUCGCAGAUAAUGGUGGACUAAAGGAGAGCUGGCUGGCUUACGAAAAAUGGUUACAGUCUUCGAGAAAGGGGAAACCUGAGCCAUUCUUACCUGGUCUUGACUACACCCCCAAACAGCUAUUCUACCUAAACGCUGCACAUGUGUGGUGUGGUUUGGUGCGACCUGACGAGGCAGCUCGUAGAAUCCUCACGGACCCUCACGGGAAUUUUAAAUCCCGAGUUAUCGGACCUCUACAAAACAACGAAGAGUUCAGCAAAGCGUUUAACUGUGCGGUGGGAAGUUAUAUGAAUCCAAGAAACAAAUGCAUUGUAUGGUAAAACGAGGGCUUCCUGUGCAGUAUUUGCAAUGAAUUCCAGAAUACAUGUUUUUGUAAUUGUUUAUAUGUGAUUUUUUUUCAUUAUGUAAAUCACGGCAUUGAAUGCCAAUAUAUACAUGUAUAUACGUAUCAUUCUUUAGUAUAAUUAUACACGCAUGUCUUGGUUUUUCUAAUGACAAUAUAAGGUCCUUCUUGUAAAACUUAAUAUUAUCUUUUGAUCCAGUAGAGGUAUACAUGUACAUUGCUAAUAUCAGAUCCCCCUUAUUAUAAUACAAUGAAGACAUUUUCAUGUAAAUAACGGGUAUUGUUACUGUAUUAAUUUUAUAAAAUGGAUUAUGUAAUUGUAUUUAAUUGUUUUUUUAUAAUGUGUAAUUUAUCCUGAUUUAGUUGAUGUUUAAUCUCUAAAUUGCUAUUUUAACGGCAAUUUGAAAAAAAAAAACUUGUUUUGAUAUUUAAAUCUAUAUUUCCAUUUCUUAUGUCUAUGCUAUAUUUUUAUUUUUAAGUAGUCUUGUAUCAUAAUGAUUCAGCAACUACAGAACCCCAAGAAGUUUUCAUUUUAUUUGUGAUAUCAUAACUAAGCUGUUUGAUCUGCUUUUAUAAUCUACAAUGUUAAUGUAGUAUAAUCUUCAAAUAACAUAAUUAUCUUAGAAAAAUAAAUCUUUUACCAAACUACA